GUGUGUGUGUGUGUGUGAGUGUGUGUGUGUGUGAGUGAGUGAGUGAGCAGAUCCAUCAUGACAGAGCUGUGUGUGAAGUGGUCGUGUGAGUACUGCACGUUUGAGAACUGGCCGUCUGCUAUUAAGUGCACCAUGUGUCGGGCGCAGAGGCCCAGUGGAACCAUCAUAACAGAGCUGUGUGUGGUCCCCGAGUACUGCGCGCUGGCCGUCUGCUAUUACACCUGGGCGCAGAGGCCCAGUGGAACCAUCAUAACAGAGGAGCCUCCCGCUCAUCUGCCCUGAUUCCCCGUGUGCAGCCUGCUCAUCUGCCCUGAUUCCAGCGCCCGGCCCCGCGUUCGCCCGCCUGAGUCCUCCGAGCACAGCGGGAAAUGGUCGUGCCAGGUGUGCACUUACCUGAACUGGCCCCGAGCGAUCCGCUGCACCCAGUGCCGCGGCGUCCGGCAGCGCCCGGCCAGCUCCACGGAGACCCCGCAGACGUCCGGCACCGGCCCUCCGGCGGAUCCCUGCGAGGAGUACAACGACAGGAACCGGCUGAACACGCGAGCGCAGUGCUGGACCUGCUCGGCCUGCACCUACGAGAACUGGCCCAAGUCCUCGCUCUGCGUGGUGUGUGAGCACCCCAGGGCCAGGAGCGAGCCCGACCAGCCCUCGGCCGUGAUUAACGAGCGGGACCAGGGCCGAGCGCGGGGCGUCUGCGGCGGGGCCCAGCGGUACUCGCCCUCCUCCUCUAAACGGGAGGCAGAGCUGCAGAUCGAGCUGGCCGCUGGAGCUCAGAGCGGUAAGGAGGAGAUAGAGAUGGACUUCAAGAAGCUCAAACAGAUCAAGAACCGCAUGAGGAAAACAGACUGGCUCUUUCUGAACGCCUGCGCUGGUGUCGUCGAAGGAGAUCUGUCUGCGGUGGAGGCCUACAAGUCUUCAGGAGGAGACAUCGCCCGUCAGCUGACCUCUGAUGAGGUGCGUCUGCUCAAUCGACCCUCGGCCUUCGACAGCGGCUUCACUCUCGUUCACCUCGCCAUCCGCUUCCAGAGACAGGACAUGCUGGCCAUCCUGCUGACCGAGGUCUCUCAGAGGGCUGUUAAAUGCAUCCCAGCGAUGGUUUGUCCUGAACUGACUGAACAGAUCCGCAGAGAGAUCAGCUCCUCACUGCACCAGCGCAAGGGAGACUUCAACUGCUACUUCCUGACAGACCUCGUCACGUUCACACUGCCGGCGGAUAUUGAAGAUCUGCCUCCAGCUGUUCAGGAGAAGCUUUUUGAUGAAAUCCUCGACCGUGACGUCCAGAAGGAGCUGGAGGAGGAGUCUGCGGUCAUUAACUGGUCUCUGGAGCUGGGCACGCGUCUGGACAGCCGUCUGUAUGCUCUGUGGAACCGCACCGCUGGAGACUGUCUGCUGGACUCCGUUCUACAGGCCACCUGGGGCAUCUAUGAUAAAGACUCGGUGCUGAGGAAAGCUCUACAUGACAGUUUACAUGACUGCUCUCACUGGUUCUACUCACGCUGGAAGGAGUGGGAAUCAUGGUAUUCUCAGAGUUUUGGGCUUCAUUUCUCUCUAAGAGAAGAACAGUGGCAGGAAGACUGGGCCUUCAUCCUCAGCCUUGCCAGUCAGCCCGGGGCCAGUUUGGAGCAGACUCAUAUAUUUGUUCUGGCUCAUAUCCUGCGGCGGCCCAUCAUCGUUUACGGAGUGAAGUACUACAAGAGUUUCAGAGGAGAAACCUUAGGCUACACUCGAUUUCAAGGAGUUUACCUGCCGUUGCUAUGGGAACAGAGCUUCUGCUGGAAGAGCCCCAUCGCUCUCGGGUACACGAGAGGUCACUUCUCUGCUCUGGUUAGCAUGGAAAGCGACGGCUACGAUAACCGCGGCGCAGGCGCCAACCUCAACACUGAUGAUGACGUCACCGUCACCUUCCUGCCGCUGGUGGACAGUGAGAGGAAGCUGCUGCAGAUCCACUUCCUGUCGGCACAAGAGAUGGGCAGCGAGGAGCAGCAGGAGCGUCUGCUCAGGGAUUGGUUGGACUGCUGUGUGACGGAGGGAGGGAUGCUAGCAGCGCUGCAGAAGAGCAGCAGACGCAGACAUCACCCGCUCCUCACUCAGAUGCUGGAGAAGUGGCUGGAUGGGUACCGGCAGAUGCGUCCGUGUCCGGCGCUCUCCGACGGCGAGGAUGAGGAGGACGACGAAGACGAGUGACCGGCCCAAACCAUUUCAACGCUGUUCCAUGCGCCCCUCUUUCCCAGAAUGCAACGCGGGCACCCCGACGACCCGAGGGCUCAAAGUCUUUGUGUUUUAGUCAAAUGAAUUUUGUUUUCUGAGUUUCUCUCGGUGCGUUCGUAUCCGUCGUCUGUAGACGUGCUGCAUGGCUCUUUUGGUAUGGAAUGAUGAGAAUAAACGAGCACUUACACGAAGCACACAUUGAACCUGAUCGCGGGGUCAGAGGUUAUGAUUUGCUCACACUAAUCGACUCGCAGCACAUUUCUCACAGUGUUUCUGUUCCCUUCCGUUCUUUCUCUGCAGCGACACGUGUGCGUUUUCUUCAUUUGAUUGUAUUUAUUUCUGUCUUUCCUCUCUCUCUCUCUCAGUGGAUGCUGACCCGACUCGUACUGUGAGGAGAGACAUGAAGAGUUUACUGACAUGUUGAUCUUGUGAUCUGGUACCUCAUUUGUGAUGUUAGGUGAUUCCCGACAAGAGGAGAGCGAAUCACACGGCUUUAACAUUAAACUAGAAACACAUCUGCUCUCUCA